AUGGCGGGCGGGGCGCGGGUGGCCCCAUCCUGGGUCCCCACGGGGAGGAGGACGAGGGGGGUCGGGGGACGGGCCGGGCAGGGGUUGUUGGCCCGCUCGGUGGAUCCGGCCCGCCAUGCCGCCGCCGCCUCGGCCGCAUCCACCCCCUCCGGGGACCUGCCGUCGCCCAAGGACUUGACGCCCCUGGAGGCCGUGCCGCCCGCCCUGCCCCUGGCCUUCCUGCCCGCCAAGCAGGAGGCGCGGCCCCAGCCCGAGGGGGCCAGCUCGGACGCGGGGCCGGCCGGGGGCGCGGCUCCCGGCCGGGCCCCCCCGGGGGAGUGCAGCCCCUCUCCGGGACCCGCCAAGGGCCACGCCGAGGAGCCCCCGGCGCUGGAGACCCUGGAGCCCCGCAUCGUGAUGGGUGAGGAGACCCGCGGCGGCGGGCCAGACCCCGGAGGGGCCGCCCCCGACCCGCCCGCCGACCCGGGCCUGCCCCCCGAACGGCUUACUCAGGGAGACCCCCCCGUGCCUUUCCUCCGCCUGGACCCCGACCUGUUCUUCACGGCCCCCUCCACCCCGACCGAGGCGGCCCACGCCCUGCUGCUGCCCAGCCUGCUCCGGCCCGGUCGGGAGCCCGGCGACGUGGAGGCCGAGGGGCCCGGCUCCCCGCCCACCUCCCCCUCCGGCUCCUACGUCACGGCCGAGGGCGGGAGCUGGGCCUCCUCGCCCCCCUCCUCCUGCACCUCCUCGCCCCCCUCCUCCCCGUCCCCCAACCUGCCGAGGGGGAACGAGGGGCCGGAUUUCUCCGGCCGCGGCGGGGACGGGGGCUCCUUCUCCCCGGUCUCGGGCGUUGAGUCGGGGGAGGAGAGCCUUCCGGGAGGGGCCUCGGACUCGGACGACACGGAGCCGUUGCCGGCGGGGCCCCUGGGGCUCCCCUCGUCCGAGUCGAGCCCGUCCCGGGGCAGCGGGUCCUCCUGGGGCCCCUCCUCCCGGCCCGGCUUCCCCGGGAGCGACCGGAUGAUCCCGGCCUCCCUGCUGACCUUCCGGGGCAGCCUGAUCUUCGAGGCGGACUCGGUGGAGAUCACGCUGCUGCCCCAGGGGCCGGGAGGCGAGGCGGGCGGCGAGGAUGACAGCUCCUCGGCCUCCUUCCUGCGGUCACUGUCGGAGACGUCCAUCCACGAGGACGCGGACGAGGCCUUCGCCUACCGUGACGACACGUCGGCCGCCUCCUCCGACUCCGACUCGGCCUCCUACGCCGGGGAGGACGACGAGCGUCUGUACAGCGGGGAGCCCCACGCCCAGAUCCCGGUGCUGCUCUCGGACCGGGCUGCCGCGCCCUACCGGGACCCCGUGGACAUCGCCCCUGCCCUCGCCGGAGAGGAGGAGGAGGAGGAAGAGGAGGAGGAGGAGGAGAAGGUGGCGGCCUGGCUCCAGGCCCAAGGACCAGACCUCACCUUAGGCCCAGAGUCCGUUGCCCUGACGAUGCCACAGACCCAUGGACUGGCCCGCACCCUAGACCCGGAGCCCAUUGCCGUGACGACGCCAGAGUCCCAAGAACUAGGCCACCCGCUGGACGCCGAACCCGUUGCCACGAUGACGCCACAGGCCCAAGGGCUAGGCUGCACUUCAAGCCCGGAGCCCGUUGCCAUGAAGACGCCACAGCCCCAAGGACUAGGCCUCACCUUAGACCUGGAGCCCGUGGUCAUGACCGUGUCACAGGCCCACGGACUAGGCCUUACCUUAGACCAGGAGCCCGUUGCCGUGACGACGCCCCAGACCCAAGGACCAGACCUCGCCCUAGAUCCGGAGCCUAUUGCCGUGACGACGCCACAGACCCAAGGACCGGACCUCGCCCUAGAUCUGGAGCCUACUGCCGUGACGAUGCCACAGACCCAAGGACCGGGCCUAGCCUUAGACCUGGAGCCUAUUGCCGUGAAGACUCCACAGACCCAAGGACCGGACCUCGCCCUAGAUCCGGAGCCUACUGCCGUGACGACGCCACAGACCCAAGGACCGGGCCUAGCCUUAGACCCGGAGCCUAUUGCCGUGAAGACUGCACAGACCCAAGGACCGGACCUCGCCCUAGAUCCGGAGCCUACUGCCGUGACGACGCCACAGACCCAAGGACCGGGCCUCGCCCGAGACCCGGAGCCUACUGCCGUGACGACGCCACAGACCCAAGGACCAGACCUCGCCCUAGACCCGGAGCCUAUUGCCGUGACGACGCCACAGACCCAAGGACAGGACCUCGCCCUAGACCCGGAGCCUAUUGCCGUGACGACGCAACAGACCCAAGGACCGGGCCUCGCCCGAGACCUGGAGUCUAUUGCCGUGAAGAUGCCACAGACCCAAGGACCGACUCUCGCCCUAGACCCGGAGCCUACUGCCGUGACGACGCCACAGACCCAAGGACCGGACCUCGCUCUGGACCCGGAGCCUAUUGCCGUGACGACGCAACAGAUCCAAGGACCGGGCCUCGCCCUAGACCUGGAGUCUAUUGCCGUGAAGACGCCACAGACCCAAGGACUGGGCCUCGCCCUAGACCCAGAGCCUACUGCCGUGACAACGCCACAGACCCAAGGACCAGGCCUCGCCCUAGACCCGGAGUCUAUUGCCGUGAUGACGCCACAGACCCAAGGACCGACUCUCGCCCUAGACCCGGAGCCUAUUGCCGUGACGACGCAACAGACCCAAGGACGGGACCUCGCCCUAGAUCCGGAGCCUACUGCCGUGACGACGCCACAGACCCAAGGACCGGGCCUCGCCCGAGACCCGGAGCCUACUGCCGUGACGACGCCACAGACCCAAGGACCGGACCUUGCCCUAGACCCGGAGCCUAUUGCCGUGACAACGCAACAGACCCAAGGACCAGGCCUCCUAGACCCAGAGUCUAUUGCCGUGAAGACGCCACAGACCCAAGGACCGGGCCUCGCCCUAGACCCGGAGCCUAUUGCCGUGACGACACCACAGACCCAAGGACUGGGCCUCGCCCGAGACCCGGAGCCUACUGCCGUGACGACGCCACAGACCCAAGGACCAGACCUUGCCCUAGCCCUGGAGUCUAUUGCCGUGACGACGCAACAGACCCAAGGACCAGGCCUCCUAGACCCAGAGUCUAUUGCCGUGAAGAUGCCACAAACCCAAGGACCGGACCUCGCCCUAGACCCGGAGCCUAUUGCCGUGACGACGCCACAGACCCAAGGACGGGACCUCGCCCGAGAUCCGGAGCCUACUGCCGUGACGAUGCCACAGACCCAAGGACCGGGCCUCGCCCGAGACCCGGAGCCUACUGCCGUGACGACGCCACAGACCCAAGGACCGGACCUCACCUUAGACCCGGAGCCCGUUGUCCCGAUGGUGUCACAUGUCCGAGACCUAGGCCUCACCCUAGACCAGGAGCCCGUGGCCGUGACGAAGCCACAGGCCCAAGGAGUAGGCCUCGAGUCCAUUGCCGUGACGACGCCACAGACCCAAGGACCGGGCCUCAUCUUAGACCCGGAGCCUGUUGCCGUGGCGACGCCUCAGGCCCAAGGACUAGGUCUCACCUUAGAUGCAGAGGAGCCUGAUGAUACGACAGGGCCGCGGGCCCGGGGAGUAGGCCUCGCCUCAGACCCGGAGUCCGUUGUCCUGACGACUCCACAGGCCCAAGGACCAGGCCUCGCCUUAAACCCGGAGCCCAUUGCCACGUCGAUGCCACGGGCCCACGGACCAGGCCUGACAGGCCUGGAGCCUUUGGCCACGGCAGUGCCACCCGCCCGAGGGCUAGAGCCCACUGACGUGGUGACGCCGCAGGCCCAGGGACUAGGCCUCAACUCAGACCCGGAGUCCGUUGCCACCGUGAUGCCCCAGGCCCGAGGACGAGGCCUCGCCGUCGAGCCGGAGCCCGUUACUGUGGCGACGCCGAAGCCGGAGGAGCCCGGCCCCCAGGAGACUGAGGCUGAGGUGUGGCCCCUGGAGGCGGGGGAGCCGGAGCCCGGAGAGUGCCUCAUCGCCUGCUACGACACGGAUGACGCGGACGACGAGCCCCGACCGCUGCCCCGGGGGGCCCUCGAGGAAGCGCGAGACCCGGACUCCGGUGGCAGGGAGUCGGGGACCUUGGCAGGCGAGGGACCCUGCGUCCCCCCGCCGCCCAGCCCUCGGGGUGAAGCAGCCGGCCCCGAUGGCCAGAAGGAGGCCCAGGCUGGGCCGGGCUCUCCCGAGAGAGCCCCGGGGGACGCCGAGCCGGCCCGGAAGAGCGACCCCCGGCUGGGUGAAGCAGAGAGCCGCCUGGAUGGCCCCGUGGCAUCCCUGCCCCCUCCCGCCUCCGAGCGGCCGGCGUCGGAGCCCGGCCCCGGGCCGAGGGGAGCCGCGGGAGACCCCUCCGAGGAGCGAGCGCCGGGGCCGUCUCCCCCUGACAGGGACCCCGAGCCGACGGCCCCGCCCGGGACCCCGAGCCCUCCGCCUCUGAGCGCCGGAGAGAGGGGUGCCUGUGGCCAUCCGGAGGAGCGGAGCCGGCCCGGGGGGUCUCCCGAGGCCCGGGAGGAGCCAGGAGGAGAUGGAGCCGCGGCCGGGCCCCGGGAGACCCCCGCUGCCGCCGGCCCUCGGGCCCCUGCCGCCAGCCUCCCGGCCGAAGCCUCUCCUCCCGGCCUCCGGCCUCCCUCCGCCCGCUCCCCCCGAGAGGCUCCCGCCUCGGCCUCCCCCGGCGGCCCCCCGCAUCGAGCCGCCCCCGCUGCCGCCGAGCCCGCGGCCCCCCGCCUCGGAGGCCGGCCGGGCCGGCUCGGGGAGGCCGCCGGCUCGGAGCCGGGGCAGCUUCCCCUGUGUGUGGAGGCUCCUCCCCCGGCCCGGCCCCUCUUUCCUCAGAGCCCCCUGACCCUUGGGCUGCCACUACAAGAAACCCCCCGCCCCAGGGCCCUCACCUCCCUGCUCCCCCAAGACCCCCCCAGUCUUCUGGUCCUGCUCAGAAACCCCCCGCCCCAGGGCCCUCACCUCCCUGCUCCCCCAAGACCCCCCAUGCUUCUGGCCCUGCUCAGAAACCCCCCGCCCCAGGGCCCUCACCUCCCUGCUCCCCCAAGACCUGCCAUUCUUCUGGCCCUGCUCAGAAACCUCCCGCCCCAGGGCCCUCACCUCCCUGCUCCCCCAAGACCCCCCAGUCUUCUGGUCCUGCUCAGAAACCCCCCGCCCCAGGGCCCUCACCUCCCUGCUCCCCCAAGACCCCCCAUGCUUCUGGCCCUGCUCAGAAACCCCCCGCCCCAGGGCCCUCACCUCCCUGCUCCCCCAAGACCUGCCAUUCUUCUGGCCCUGCUCAGAAACCUCCCGCCCCAGGGCCCUCACCUCCCUGCUCCCCCAAGACCCCCCAUUCUUCUGGCCCUGCUCAGAAACCUCCCGCCCCAGGGCCCUCACCUCCCUGCUCCCCCAAGACCCCCCAUUCUUCUGGUCCUGCUCAGAACCCCCCGGCCCCAGGGCCCUCACCUCCCUGCCCUCCUGAAAACCCCCAGGUCCCUCCCAGUCAGAGUUCAGAAACCCCCCGCCGUUGGGCCACAGCCCCCUCCCAACGGAGUUGAGAAAUCCCCCACCACCGGACCCCAGCCCCCUCCCAACGGAGUUGAGAAACCGCCCCCCACCGGGCCCCAGCCCCCUCCCAACAAAGGUCAGAAACCCCCCACCACCAGAUCCCAGGCCCCUCCCAACAAAGUUCAGAAAACCCCCACUGCCCAGCCGCAGCCCCCUCCCAACAGAGUUGAAAACCCCCCCACGACCGGACCCCAGCCCCCUCCCAACAAAGUUCAGAAAACCCCCACCGCCCAGCCGCAGCCCCCUCCCAACAGAGUUGAGAAACCCCCCACGACCGGACCCCAGCCCCCUCCCAACAAAGUUCAGAAACCCCCCACCACCGGGCCCCAGACCCCUCCCAACAAAGUUCAGAAAUCCACCACCACCGGACCCCAGCCUCCUCCCAACAAAGUUCAGAAACCCCCAACUACUGAAUCCCAGCCCCCUCCCAACAAAGUUCAGAAACCUCCCCCCACCGGACCCCAGCCUCCUCCCAACAAAGUUCAGAAACCCCCCACUACUGAAUCCCAGCCCCCUCCCAACAAAGUUCAGAAACCUUCCCCCACCGGACCUCAGCCUCCUCCCAACAAAGUUCAGAAACCCCCCCCCACCGGACCCCAGCCUCCUCCCAACAAAGUUCAGAAACCCCCCACGACUGAACCCCAGCCCCCUCCCAACAAAGUUCAGAAGUCCCCCGCGACCGGACCCCAGCCUCCUCCCAACAAAGUUCAGAAACCCCCCACGACUGAACCCCAGCCCCCUCCCAACAAAGUUCAGAAAGCUCCCCGCACCGGUCCUCAGCCCCCUCCCAACAAAGUUCAGAAACCCCCCACUACUGAACCCCAGCCCCCUCCCAGCAAAGUUCAGAAACCUCCCCCCACCAGUCCCCAGCCCGCUCCCAACAAAGUUCAGAAACCCCCCACCACCGGACCCCAGCCUCCUCCCAACAAAGUUGAGAAACCUCCCCACACCGGACCCCAGCCCCCUCCCAGCAAAGUUCAGAAACCUCCCCCCACCAGUCCCCAGCCCGCUCCCAACAAAGUUCAGAAACCCCCCACGACCGGACCCCAGCCUCCUCCCAACAAAGUUGAGAAACCUCCCCACACCGGACCCCAGCCCCCUCCCAACAAAGGUCAGAAACCCCCCACCACCAGAUCCCAGGCCCCUCCCAACAAAGGUCAGAAACCCCCCACGACUGAACCCCAGCCCGCUCCCAACAAAGUUCAGAAACCCCCCACGACUGAACCCCAGCCCCCUCCCAACAAAGGUCAGAAACCCCCCCCCACCGGACCCCAGCCCCCUCCCAACAAAGUUGAGAAACCUCCCCCGACAGGUCCCCAGCCCCCUUCCAACAAAGGUCGGAAACCCCCCCCGACCGGUCCCCAGCUCCCACCCAACAAAGUUCAGAAACCUCCCCCUCCUGGGCCGCAGCCCCCUCCCAACAGAGCUCAGAAACCUCCCCCCGCUGGGCCGCAGCCCUCUCCCACCAUAGUUCAAAAGCCCCCCACCACUGGAUCCCAGCCCGCUCCCAACAGAGCCCAGAAACCUCCCCCCAACAGAGGUCAGAAGCCCCCCCGAGCUGGUCCUUCCCCCGCCCCCCGCAAUAAGGAGCCGCCGAUGCCUCCAGUCUGGGUGCAGGAGGAGGCGGAGGCGAAGGGGGCAGUGCCCCCCGAGCCCUCCGCCCGUCCCGCCCGGGCUGUCUCAGGGAAAGCAGCCCCGGCCCCCUCGGCCUCUCCCGCCCCUCGGCCUGGGAAGGGGGAGGCCGCAGAGAGGAGAGCGGGGUCUCCCCCGUCCCACCCCCCGAAGGCUCCGAGCGGGCCCCAAGCCGGGGCUGGCCCCCCGCUGACCCCCUGCCCCAAGACCCCCGGCUCCAAGGCGGCCCCCCAAGGGGGGUCCUGCCCCCCGCGACCUCAAGCCAAAGACCAGGGCCCGAAGGCACUUCCGGAGGGCAGCUCUCCCCCGGGAGCCGCGGCCCCCAGGCCCCCGCCGCCGCCUCGGCGGGACUCCAGGCCCCGGGGGGGCCCGGCACCCCCAGCGCCCAGCCAAGUGCCUCCCGGUGCCCCCGCCUGCCCUGCCUCUCGGGCCCCGGCCGCCACCCACGGGGAGGAGAGCGGCCCGGGGGCUCUGGUUCCUCUGCCCCGGACGCACAUGGAAGGCCCGGAGCGGUUGCCCCCGUGCGGGUCGGUGCAGUCCGAGUCCAGCUCGUCCAGCGAGGCGGAGCCGGCCGACCGCUGCCCGGAACUGGAAGAGCUGCGCCAGGCGGCCGGGCUGACUCCUCGCCCCGGCCCGGGGGCUCGCAGGCCGCCCCCCCCGCGCCCUCCCCAACCACAGAGCGUAAGGGACGGGAGUGUCCGGGCUGCCCCGGCCCACACCUGCGCCGCCUCUGUCCAUCCGUCCGGCCAUCCCUCAGGUUCUUGCAACGACUCGGAGAGCAAUGGCGAGUCCCUCCCGGAGCUGGAGGAGCCGGACGUUUCAGGGCCGCGGACGGCAUCGUCCCAGGCCCAGCCGGCCCAGUCCCCGGGCAGCGGGGAGGAGGCCAUCAGCCGGGCCAAGCAGAGCCGCAGCGAGAAGAAGGCCCGGAAGGCGAUGUCCAAGCUGGGGCUGAGGCAGAUCCACGGGGUCUCCCGCAUCACCAUCCGCAAGUCCAAGAACAUCCUGUUCGUCAUCACCAAGCCCGACGUGUUCAAGAGCCCGGCCUCCGACAUCUACAUCGUCUUCGGCGAGGCCAAGAUCGAGGACCUGUCCCAGCAAGCGCACAAGGCGGCCGCCGACAAGUUCAAGGUCCCGGCCGAACCCUCGCCGCUCAUCACCGAGGCGGCCCCCGGCCUCGGCGGCAAGGAGGACAGCGAGGAGGAGGAGGAGGAGGAGGAGGUGGACGAGACGGGGCUGGAGGUGCGGGACAUCGAGCUGGUCAUGGCUCAGGCCAACGUGUCGCGGGCCAAGGCCGUGCGCGCCCUGAGACACAACAACAACGACAUCGUCAAUGCCAUCAUGGAGCUGACCAUGUAGCCGCCGUUCGACCCGGCCUCUCGGUCCCCUCCCCCGGUGCCCUCCGCCUUCUCUCUUGGCACUGCUCAAUAAACCUGUAUUCACCCCCUGCUGCUACGGC